CUUACCUAGCUAGUAGUGUAUUCAAAAUAACACAACCAAUGGCAGAUAGAUAUCACAAUCACAGUCAUCAAGAUUCAUCAGAGAGAAUCUCAAGGUCCAUGGUUGUGACUUCAGUGAUUGGGGCAAUAGCAAUAGGUGCGCCAUUGUUGGGGAUGAUGGGUUUUGGUCUCUUGGCAUCAUCAACACUUCUCCUCGUGAGUUCACCACUUUUGCUUCUAUUCAGUCCCGUGAUUUUGGGUGCUACCUUUGUCAUUUUGGGAGCAGUUGCUGGUUUCUCUGUGGCUUCGGUUAUGGCGGUUGUGGGAAUUGCGGCGGUUUCAUGGGUUGUAAGAGAAGCUAGGCUUAAAUUUAGAGAUAUGAGGAAGGUUGUUGGGAACGACCCUUCACCAAGAAUGAAGGGUAAGGAGUUGGAUUAUUUUGAUAGCCAUUUGGCUACUACCUCUAACGCAAAGUAAGAACAUUUAUAAAAAGAUUAUGAAGUGUUGUAUGUUUAUGUGGAUCGAGUGAAUAAGAGGCAGCACAUGGUUUUUCUUUUUCUUUUUCUAAAUGUAACACAGCAAUGUUUGGUUAUAAUAAUGGAUGGUCUUGAUUUCGUCUUAA